AUGAAGUCGAACAAGGCAACCGGUCCUGAUGACAUACCUGCUGAUGUCUGGAAGCUGCUAGGAGAUCGAGGGUGCAUGUGGCUCGCAACUCUAUUUAACAAGAUCGUUGCAGAAGGACGGACUCCAGACGUUUGGCAAACUUCCGUGACCGUGCCUGUCUGGAAAGGGAAAGGAGACAUUGCUGACUGCACCUCGUACAGGCCUAUACGACUUCUGUGCCAUACGAUGAAGGUUUUUGAGCGUGUCCUGGAAGCUCGUCUGAGGAAAAUUGUUAGCGUUUCACUCAACCAGUGCGGCUUUGUGAAGGACUGCAGCACUAUAGAUGCUAUCCAUGCUGCCCGAAUCCUCCUGGAGAAACAUCGAGAGAAGAACCGCAGUGUGCAUCUUGCUUUUCUCGAUCUCGAGAAAGCUUUCGACCGUGUCCCACAUGAGCCGUUAUGGAUGUCCAUGAGGUCGCAUAGAGUACCAGAAGAAUAUGUGCGGUGGACGAAGCUACUUUAUGCGAAGCCUACCAGCGUUGUACGAUGUGCUGCUGGAAAGCAGGCCAUUCCCUGUACAAGUAAGGGUUCAUCAGGGUUCAUCCCUCUCACCUCUGCUGUUCAUACUGUGCAUGGACACGAUAACGAAGGAAAUCCAGAAGCAGCAUCCGUGGACUCUACUCUUUGCCGACGAUGUCAUGCUCGCGGCUGA